AUGGCGUCCAAGGUCGAAGGGCAGGAAUCGCAGAUGGUUACGUUUGAGCUGGAGCCCGGCCAAGUCAUAAGGGCCGAAGCGGGCAACCUCGUUUUCAUGGAGGACGGCAUCGAGAUGGACACCAACACCGGCGGCGGCGCCAGCAGCAUGUUCCGGAGGGUAAUCACGGGUCAGAACAUGUUCGUGACGGACUACGUGAACCGCGGCGACGCUUCCGGCAAGGUCGGCCUGGGCACGGACGUCCCCAGCAAGAUCGUCCGCCUUCCCCUCGCCGCCUACGGGGGGGAAGUCAUCUGCCAGAGGGGAGCGUUCCUGGCCGGAAGCCAUACCAUCGACAUACAGACGGAGUUCACAAAGAUGAUGGCGGGCUUCUUCGGCGGAGAAGGUUUCGUCCUCCAGCGACUUACCGGAAAGGGCGAUGCCUUCGUUAAGGCCAGCGGUCCGCUGAUCCAGCGGGAGCUCAGCGAAGGGGAGACCCUGAGAGUGAGCUCGGGCAGCGUCGUCGCGUUCUCGACGUCGGUGCAGUACGACGUGCAGACGAUUCCCGGCUUCAAGAACGUGGUCUUCGGGGGGGAAGGGCUGUUCAUCACCAAGCUCGCGGGGCCUGGCACCGUGUUCCUUCAGGGUCUGCCGUUCGACCGAAUGGUGGACCAAAUAGCACGACGGAUUCCUGGCGGUCGCGGAGGUGGUGGGAUGCCGAUCCCCAUCGGGGUCGGCGGUGGGGGUGGGGAGGGCGGAGAGGACGCAGGGGGCGAAGGAGCAGGUGCGGAAGGGGGCGACGGGGUGGCGGCGGCGGUGGCGACUGGAGGCGCGGGAGAAGAAUCAACAAUGAGCGCCUCCGACGCGGGGACGGAUAGCGAAGCGGGCAGCUCGAACGACUUGUUCGGGGACGCGGCCCCGCCGACGUCAUCGGCUUCUACCGGUUUUCCUGAGGGUGAGCCAGCCGACGGGUUUAACGAAGCCGACGCCGGGUUCUCCGAGCCGCCGCCGGAGUCAGGAGAGACAACAUGGAAUAGAGGUGGCUUCGAUGGGGAGGACGCGGCAGGCGAUGGAGGAGGAGGUGGUGGUGAUUGGGGGGAGGGGAUGGGGAAUGAUGAAGAGGGGACCGGGGGAGGGAUCGUCGGGACGCUCAAGAGCUUGUACACUCUCUUCCGCGACGAUGAUGGUGGCUUCGGCGGCGGCGGCGAUGACUCCGGCGACGGCGGUGACUAGAAGUUGUGUUCGUGCGUGUGGUUCGUCUCUUAUUUGUUCGCUUGUUUUCCUCACAGUACUCCGUAUUUGUCGCUGGUUCGCUGAUGUGAGUGACGCCUUAUUGAUCCGUCGUUUUGCGUCAACUACUGCUGUAAGUAAUCAUGGGCGUGUUUUGUGGACGGCUGGCGCGCUGGUUUUGUUGACUCGGUUGUACUUGGAACAUCGGGCAUCUCCAAUGUGGGGUUGUGUUAUGAACGUCUGUGUUGGCUACAGUAUUAACUAGGUUAAAUCGUGACAGCCCUUUCGUGCGAGGGGGCUUGGUUUCUGCGCGUCGUCGGGGGGUAUUUUUUGUAGCCCUGUUGACGAAAGACCGAACGAACAACGGCAGGCUUCCCGCCGUCCAUGUGGUUGCACUCCGAGAACCGGUUCGGCUUGACAGUGGCGCUGGUGAACUUCCGGCCGAAUCCAAUCCAAUCCUACUGCUGUACCGUAUGAACCGUGUGCACCCCGUCCGUGUGUCGCACAAGAUGGUCCACUGUGGGCAGGCAACGACCCGCUGCACGCGCCGAUCGA